UACCCCKAAGCCAUUGUUAAAUCAAGUYUGCAUUAAAAGAGUUUAAACUUYAAAAGCAUCGUACUUUCCGUUGAACAUAGACAGAUCUCCUAGCGGACACACCUCGAUAAUGAAUAUCACCGUCAAACAUCCAACUCAGAUAUUGAUGGAAAGACAGUUUAUCUCACGGUCAGUCGUGGAGGUAGCCUUGGAGUCAUCAAUACUCAUUCUUAUCAACAUCKUAGCCCUGGUUGGUAAUAUACUAGUAGUCUUGGCGUUCGUCAAGAAUCCCGCUCUGCGCAACGUCACCAAUACCCUUAUCAUCGCACUUUCAUUAUCAGACAUUGUGAUGGCGAUCUUUCCUAUGCCGUUAUCAGUGGGCGCACUAAUAUAUGGAGAGUGGGUAUACGGUGAUAUUAUGUGUGCGAUACAGGGAGUAAUGGUCUUCUUCCUAGCAUUCGUGUCACUACAGAUCAUGGCUUUAACAGCGGUAAACCGUUAUUACAAGAUCAUAAAGCCCUUAAGAUGUGAAAAGAUCUUCAAGCGCUGGUCAACCAUAUGUAUGAUCGUCUGCGCAUGUGUAAUAUCUAUCGCAUUAGUGRCCUCAAUGCAUUUUACAAGUCCCACAUGGGAGUUUGGUUUUCAUCGUGGCAAAAUAAUAUGUGUCCAGCUCGGAGAUUCUGAUCUUUAUCAGCUUAUCUACACCAUGCUUGCCAGCGUUUUCUUCGUCGUCCUUCCAGCUAUCUUAAUAAUAGUUUGUUACUACAAAGUCUUUCGUAAGCUUCGCCAACACACAAAACAGAUUCGCAUGAGAAUCAAGAGUUCAACAGGACAACCCGAUGCUGCUCUUCGGCAAGAGUCGGCACUUAGUCGUUCAAAAAUCGCCAUCACUCGUACACUCUUCGGUACUGUACUCGGAUUUUUCAUCUGUUGGAUUCCAUGUUUCUUGAUUGAUAUGCUAGACGUAAUGCAAGAGAAUUGGUUUGACCGUCGUGUAUAUCUUGUUUACAUGUAUCUAGCGUACACAUCUAGUGCAAUCAACCCUUUGAUUUAUGGCAUUCUAAACCCUUCAUUCAGGAGAGAAUUCUUCAAUAUGGUCACCUGUGAAAACGUUCCGCAGUAAAAACAAUGACUUUUUAGAUGGUUUGCAAUCAUUUGCGUGAAAAGUUCCGCCACAAGAAAGCGGCCGCCAUCUUUGAAUUUUACUCAACCAACAUGGCGGCCGUGACGUCACAUAAAAACCAAGGAAACUGCAAUACUGUAACUAACCAAACGUUCUGCGUCGGGAAUGACCACCCUUUCUAGCACCAGGAAAAAAAAAAAAAAAAGCAAAUAACGGUGA